AUGUGUGAAAAAGGCCAGAGUUCGCAGGUCGGAUCUUUCAAGCUUUCCAGCAUCCCUCUCAAUGCGACUGGCGACGCUGGCAAUACCUCGGAAGGGGAAAAGAUCAUCAGCGAAGUUAUUUCUCAGACCGUGGUCGGAGAAAUGGAGGACUUCGACGCCAUGCCUGAUCCGAAGGAGAAGGGCGAGAAGGGUGGGGGCAUGGGCGAGCUGGGCAAAAGCCUGGAGUUCUUGAUGUUCAAGGUCGCGCAGCUUGAAACCCUCGCGGAGUUGCAACAGACGGAGCUCGGAAUGCAGCGAGUUCUCAUCGAUAAGAUGCAAAAGAAAAUGGACUUUGAUGAAGCGGAAGUCUCAAUGGUGCAAAAGAGCUCCGAGGAGAGUGUGCAAGAAGCCCAUGACACCUUGACGAGGGUGCUCCACAAGCACGCACGCCAGAGGGAGCACAGGGAGUACCAUCCCGAAGCUCACGAGGAGGAGCCUGCAGUGCAGGAGGACGAGACGGCCGCCCAGGAGGAGACGGCGGUCGAGAGCCGGAGAGCCUUGCUGCAAAAGCGCCAGAAGCACCGCCGCAGCGCAUGGGGUCCGGUUGGAAAAGCGGUCAAGAGCGGCUGGGACAAUACAGGGGGCAGAGUUGUCAACGAAGUCGACAAGCAGAUCGAUGAUGCCGUCAAGAGGUUGGACGGCACCGGGCUCACCGGGGGCGCCUUGACCAAGGCCUACGAGACCGCCAAGGCGGCGGGGAAUGGGGCCAAGUUCUUGGCGAACACCGCAAUUACGACCGUGGAGAUGGCCGCGGCUAUCAUCGCGGGGGGAGGCAACUUCGGCGCGAGUUGCACCAACCAUCCUCCGUGGCUUGGCAUGCACGGCUCCCGGUUGGACAUCCAUUUCGGACACCAACACUGCUCGAUCUCCCUCGGUGUCAAGACCAUCACUCUUUUCAACUUCAACUGGGGCAGGAGGUCAGUAAACAUACCCGUACUGGAUAUGUUGCCAGAGCAAGUGAGAAAAGUCACGGAUGGCAGGAUUCAUGAGCUUUUCCCUUCGCAUUUUGCAAUACUUGGCCACAUUGGAUGGGACCUAGUAACUCACUGCCACAAUCCCGUCAACCACGUGGUGGUGGAACAGUGCCUGGCACGGUUCCUUGCCUAUCACACUCCCGUGCUCGACCUCCUGCCCGAGCAAGUGAGGAAAGUGACUGAUGGCAGGAUUGCUGAGCUCUUCCCUUCGUGGUUUGGAAUACUUGGCCACAUCGGAUGGGAAGUUGUGCAUCAUUGCCCAGGACACCACAACCAUAUUGAGGUGACCAAGUGUCUUGCGCGGUCGCUUGCCAAGUAUGCCCCCCCGUUCGACUUCCUGCCCGACCAUUUCAAGGUUCUGCAUCACAUCGGUUUCGAGGUCAUCCACAAUUGCGGCGCGAACCACAAUCACAUUGAAGUGACGAAGUGUCUUGCGCGGUCGCUUGCCAAGUAUGCUCCCCCUCUGGACUUCUUGCCUGAGCCGAUGAAGGCCCUUGCAGGUGGCGACCUCCCCUUGUCCUUCUUGCCUGAACCGGUGCAGGUCCUUGCAGGCGGCAAGCUCAGCACGAUCAUCGAGUGCGCGCAGCCCAACUCCCAUGGCGACCUGAUCAAGUGCCUUGGCUCCAAGAUCAUCGCCAGCGUGCCUCCGCUGAACUUCCUGAACCGCCUCGGCGACAUUUUCACGGAGUUCAUCGAGGUCUUUGCCAAGGUGGCCAGCACGGUGGCCACAUCGGCGAUGAAGGAAGGCCAGUCGCUGCUGCAGAUCGCGGCUGCCUCAGAGUUUCCGGCCGCCGGCGCCCCGCCGCAGGUCCACCACAGAGGUGCAAAUCUCCUCAUCACCGCGCAUUCGCAGCAUGCCCCGGCAGGGCCAAGCAGCUUCUUGCAGAGGGUCAAGGGCGACGACCCGCCGGCAGCCGUGAAAUGGAGCUUCGAAGAUUAUGGGCCCGAAGCCCACACGCUCGUCACACAGUUCGCGGGCAGGGAGACCUCCACCGGCUCCUGCUUGGCCUUUGCACCGAAGAACAUGACAGGAAGCAACAACCAAGCGACCGAGGCGGAUUGGAAGGCGAAGAGCGAGGACGAUUUUGUGGAGCUGAAGCCCUGGGCGGUUCCCUGCGGGAACCAGUGGAUGAAGACGAAGUGGGACAAGUGGCAAGGCUAUUCCAUGUACACAACGGACUUGAGUAUCGAGAAGUGCUUGACCGUAAAGUUUCAAGUGAACAUGCAGCCGGUGGUCGCCUUCGUGGGUGGCAUCCAGUUCGACUUGCUGCCUGGGCCCCUGGCAGAAGUUGACACCACGGUCUGCUGGCCGCGGGGUCAGCCUGAUGGGCUUGACCUCAGCGUCUUGCGCACGGUGAUCAAGUCCAACGGGGUCAUGCUCUUCAGCCGCACGCUGCGUCUAUCCAAGCGCUUCGGUGACAGCACGGACUUUGUGGAAGGCAACAUCAACAAAGGCCACCAGACCUCGAAAAGCUUCUUCGGCGUCAACGCCGCACCGGAUGAGAGCGGAACGGGCAUCGCCUCCAUGCAGCGUUCGAGCUUCCUCCAGGCUAACCAGAGCGCGAAAGCCAAGGAGGAGCUGGAGGAAGCUGUCUGGCAGACGCAGGAUGACCUCUACUUCGCAUCCAUCGAGUACGGGAAGGAUUUGGGCGUGAACAUCACUUCCGAGCUCGGGGGCCACGCGGCCCAGGAACAGCUCGAGGCGCUUCUUUCCCAGAAAGAGAAGAAGGAGGAAGCCGAAGAGGAGGAGGAAGCCGAAGAGAAGCAGGAAGUCGAUGAGACCUUCAAGCUUUUCAGCUUCAAGAACCCUGGGAUGAUCAACUUCGAGGUUCAGGGCCUCCUGCAUGGGAAUUGGCUCCAACUCGGGAUCCAGAUGGCCUUCGGGCCCUACGAGAGCCCGCACAUGAAGAUCCCUCUGCUGAACUUGGCGGACCAGUUCGCGCUCAUCCUUGCCGCACUGCCCCCCGGGCUCGUGUCCGUGGAGAGCCGGGCCAAGGCGAUCGCAUCGCUGAAGGACUUCUCCAGCAAGGAUGUGAAGAAGGUCAAGGCGCAGGUUCCGAAGCUGAUCCCCGGCACCACCAUCGGCUUGCGCAAUCCCCACUGGGGUCGCUACAUGAGGAUGAACGACCAUGCGCAUAUGGACACGAGCCAUCCCCAGGGUCUUGAUUUUCCAGCGGGAUGGGAAUGGGAGCUUUUCACCGUGGUGGACGCCGGGAACGGCGAGGUUGCCUUCCACAGUCCCCGGUUCAAUCGCUUUGUGUGGAUGGAAGGAGAAACGUGCAUCGCCACCCUCCCCGCGCCGGCCCACCACUACGGGGGCUGGGCCAAGGCACGCUUCAUGGAGGUCACCUCUGGGGACAACACCAUCGCGCUGUACAACAAAGCCGAGGGUCGCUUCUUGAGGCUACACAACACCGUCAUGGAUGCAAGCCCACAAGUUUCGAGCAAGUUUCCUGCUGGCUGGGCUUACGAGCGAUUCCAGAUUGUCCCGACGGGUCCCUACGGUGGCAUCAAGCCUGGCAUGGUGGUGGCCCUCUACAACACCCACUGGAAGAAGUUCAUCCGCAUGCACGGCGAUUUCAUGGACCCCAGUGUCGAGCAUCCACCACACUUGGCCAAUAAGGCCGGCUACCCUUGGGGCUGGACUUGGGAGCAAUUCACCGUGGUUGACGGUGGGAACGGCCUCAUUGCCCUGCAUAACGCCAUCCACAACCGAUUCGUGUCCAUGCGCGGCGGCACCACGCUGGGGACGAGCCAACCAAUGGCUGCCAAUGCCCUUCCGGCGAAUUGGGACUGGGAGCGCUUCGCUGUGGUGCCUGGGGGACAUCUCGAGAUUGCGCUGCACAACCACCCUCACAACAGCUUUGUCACGAUGACUGCUCACACCAUGCAGGGGCAUGCGGCGAACGCCCAGGAUUAUCAUCAUGGUUGGUGGCUCCAGCGUUUCAAGGUUGUGCCGCUUGGUGAAGUCGAGAUCAAGGCUUCGGAUGCGUCUUGGUCCUUCGACUGA